UUUCAAAUCCACAUUGUGCAGCAGUAGCCGCAGCUCUUGGGUGGAGGCCGGGAUCGGGCCCGGGCGCUGAGAAGCCAGGUGUGCUUGGGCAGAGAAGAUGCCAGUGCCACGCAACUCCAAGACCACAGGCAGUAAACCGCUCCGGCCUGGUAAAGCAGGAGCAGUGGAAAAUGCCAGGCCCGAGAAGGAGGAGAGUUUUCAAGCAAAGAGGUCCCCGUCCUCACCCCAGGGGGCACCCAAGAAGAGGUCAGCCUUCGGAGACAUCACUAAUGCUCACAAGAACCAGGCUGGCCUGAGGAAGAAGGAUGCUGCGAAGGCAGGUCUCAGGAAGGUGCAGAAGGGCACAGCUGCUCUGGGGGUCUUGAAGAACAAUGAGAUCAACUUGAAAAAGUCAACAAGGAAAACGCCCCCAGCUGAGGCACCUGUUGAUCCCAAACUGGUUCCCAAAAAUGACCCGGUGCCAGAGGAGCCAGCAGCCACACAGGUGCCUGCCAUUGAGGACAUUGACAAGGAGCAGCUGGGAGACCCUUAUGCCAGCGCCGAGUACGCCAAGGAGAUCUUCAAUUACAUGAAGGAGAGAGAGGAGAAGUUCUUGCUUCCAAACUACAUGGAGAAGCAGUACGACAUCAGCAGGGACAUGAGAGCCAUUCUGGUGGACUGGAUGGUGGAGGUCCAGGAGAACUUUGAGCUGAACCAUGAGACGCUGUACCUGGCGGUGAAGCUGGUGGAUCACUACCUGGUGGAGGUGGUGAGCAUGAGGGACAAGCUGCAGCUCAUUGGCUCCACAGCCAUCCUCAUCGCUUCCAAGUUUGAGGAGCGCUGCCCCCCGUGUGUGGAUGACUUCCUCUACAUCUGUGACGAUGCCUACAAGCGGGAGGAGUUGAUUGCCAUGGAAAUGAGUAUCCUCCGCACGCUGAAGUUCGACAUCAACAUUCCCAUCCCGUAUCGCUUCCUGCGGAGGUUUGCCAAGUGCGCUCACGCCAGCAUGGAGACACUGACCCUGGCCCGCUUCAUCUGUGAGAUGACCUUGCCGGAGUAUGACUAUGUCCAGGAGAGCGCCUCUAAGCUGGCCGCCAGCUGCCUGCUCCUGGCGCUCAAGAUGAAGAGCCUUGGUGGAUGGAGCCCCAUGCUGGAAUAUUAUAGCGGGUACAGCUCUCAGGAGCUCCAUCCACUGGUGAAGAGGCUAAACUUCCUGUUGACCUACCAGCACGAUGACAAGUUAAAGGCGGUGCGCACAAAGUACUCCCACCGAGUCUUCUUUGAAGUAGCCAAGAGUGCUCCCAUGGACAUGCUGAAGUUGGAGGUGGCUCUGAAGAGCUAGCCCAGGGGAUGGGGUGAGCAGCCCUCUUGGGGGCUGGCAGCCCUGCCUCUGGCUCGGAGGGAUGCACAGCCCAUGUGUAAAUAGCUUGUAUAUAGAGAUUAGCUUCCUUGGCCCAGAGGGGUCUGUACAUAGAUUUUUAAUGUUAAAGGGGGGAAAAAAUGUAGCAAGUGUUAUUGGGGGACUAAAUAUGAAAAUAAGUCAAUAAAAUAGUGUGUAUCUGUCCCGCCUGGCAGUCUGUUUAGUAUUCCCAGCCCAGCAGUGGCGUGAAGUCAGGGCCCCUUGCUGUAAGGAUACCUAGCGAGACGCUUCCUGCCCCUGAGGAACUUGCAGUGGAAAUAGAGGCC